AUGGCGUCCCUUGUGCUCGUCUGCGCUGCCGCCUAUAUCGCAUAUGUGCUCGCACGUGCCUUUUAUCGCUUGUAUCUCCACCCGCUGGCCAAGUUUCCUGGGCCCAGCAUAGCCGCCGUCACCAGCUGGUACGAGGCCUACUACGAAAUCUAUCUCGUCGGCCAGUACUCCAGGCAGAUAACGAAGCUCCACGACCAGUACGGUACGCUGCUGCUGUCACAUGCAAUCCGUCUCGCACCGCUAACCCGAGCCUUGCCAGGCCCCAUUGUGCGAGUCACACCCGACGAGCUGCAUAUCCGGGACCCACGUUUCUUCGACCAAGUCUAUUCCAGAAGCGCCCAUCUCGACAAGGAGGGAUGGGACAAGCGUUUUGGCUGUGCCGGUGGCCUGCUCACCACAGUCAAUGCCGAAGACCACAAGCGACGUCGUGCCGCAGUGGCUCCCAUGUUCUCACGCCGCUCCAUUCUUGAUUUUAUCCAUAUCAUCUACCGCCACAUCGACACCUUCAACACGCGCAUGCAAGAGUUUGAGGCCAAUACAGAGCCCCUCAAUCUCUCCAAUGCCUUUCCCGCCCUGACGGGCGACAUCAUCAUGGACUAUUUCUUCGGUUUCAACUAUGAUCAGCUCAGGAAUCCGCAGUUUGAGUCGUUCCAUGACGCCUUUAUCAAGAUUGGUGGCGUUGGCCAUAUUGCUACUCAGUUCCCCAUGCUUCACCCUAUUAUGAGCAGCAUCCCUGAUCGCAUCACCGGGUGGCUGCAGCCUGCAGCAAAGACUAUGCUCAAGUUCAAGCAGGACAAUGAGGCUUUGAUUGCGCGGACCCUCCGCGGAGAGGACGUCAAAUCCAACGACGCAAAGAAGACCAUCUUCCAGGAAAUCCUGUCGUCCAAGCUGCCCCCUUCAGACAAGACGCAGAAGCGUCUCGAAGACGAAGCCCAAAUCAUCAUCGGGGGUGGUGUCGAGACUACGGCUUUCUCCCUGUCCAGAGCCGCCUUCCACAUCAUCAACACCCCGCACAUCUACGAGCGCCUUCACAAGGAGCUCGUGCAAGUCUUUCCAAACCGCAAUGACCUCGACCUAGCCACCCUGGAGAAAAUGCCCUACUUGAAAGCCAUCAUCAUGGAGUCAGUCCGCAUGUCGUAUGGCCUCAGUGCGCGCAACCCCCGGACCCACAAAAACCCUCUUCACUACGGCGACUGGGUGAUUCCCGCAAACACUUGCAUUUCCAUGACUAUCCCCGAAGUCUCGCACGACGAAUCCAUCUUCCCCUGCUCCCACACCUUUAUGCCUGAGCGCUGGCUCGACGACCCAAAGACGGCCGACGGCAUCCCUCUCGACCGCUUCAUGGUCUCGUUUGGCCGCGGCACCCGCUCUUGUCUCGGCACUACCCUUGCCUACACGGAAAUGUAUCUUACCCUCGGCAUGAUGUUUCGCCGCUACCGCUUCGAGCUGCAUGAUAGCAGCGUUGCCGAUGUGGAGCUUGGUCAUGAUUUCUUCAUCCCCGUUGCCAAGUUGGAUACCAAGGGCCUCCGGGUUUUUGUAAAGCGCACUGAGGAUUAG